AUGAUUCCUUCUGACUUUCGGCUUCCUCUUCUGCCUCAGACAAAGGCGUCGAUCCGGUCCGUCAGACGCAGCGACAAGCGCCUCUCGGAGCGGGUCACUGACAGACACAAGUACGACUCUGUUCCGAGAUUUGCCACAACGACGGGUGCCUUGAGAGGAGGACAACGGAGGCUAAGUGAAUCGGCACAAAAUCGAAACCAGGCCUCGAGGAGAACUGGGCCUGGGGUCCAGGGGUCCAGAAGCCCAGACAAGACGUGA